AUGGUCGGCUCUAGAGUAGACCAUAAACCCAACCGCGAGUUGAAGGUGCUCGCCUUAGGUCUCCCACGAACCGGCUCUUCCUCCAUUGCUGAGGCCUUGACCAUACUAGGCUACAAAGACGUCCUCCAUGGCUUCAACAUCCUUGACUCGCCGGAAGUUUGGUCAUUUAUGAAUCGCGCAGCUGACGCCUCGUUUGCUACACUGCCGACGUAUACAGGCAAGCCAUUUACACGCAAGGAGUGGGAUGAACUAUUUGGCGCUAGUGAGGCAGCUACCGAUGUGGCCGCCGUAUUUGCGACACAGCUUAUCGAAGUAUACCCCGAAGCGAAGGUCAUUCUCGUGAUACGGGACUUUGAUAAGUGGUAUCGGAGUAUAGAAGCUGCUGUUAAAAUAUUCUGGAGCUUUCCUUCCCAACUGGCUUUCAACUACUUGGGUCAAUUUUUCGAUCCUUGCUUUGGCCAAGCAACGAAAAAGAUUAUUACAGGAUUUUUCGAAUACACGAGCAUUGGCACGUUCCCGCAGGACGCAAGGAUAGUAUACGACCGGCACCACUACAAAAUACGUCAACAGGUGCCAUCCUCUCGGCUGCUGGAGUAUCGCAUGGGGGAAGGGUGGGAGCCUAUAUGCAACUUCUUGGAAAAGCCACUACCGAAUGUGCCGUUUCCGUGGCUCAAUGAGGCGGAAGCUCUGAGAAGGCGCGUGAAGUUAAAGGUGAGGAAGCAUCUUGUUGCAGCACUGAGAGUGUUGAUCCCGUGGGCUUUGGGGACCUGUACAAUGCUGGUGGCAAUGUGGAUGGUGAGAACGAGGAGUGGGUAUUAA